CCAGUGUUGCUGCUGGUGCUAUUUUCUCCCCUCAGUCCCUCUCGCUCUCAGCCCACAGCUCCAGCGGAGUGACACGGGGCUUUUGGACAAAAGGAACGAACAUUAAGUCGCGAAAAGGAAAAGGAAUAUGGCAGAGCUCGGAGCGGGAAGUCUGCCUUUAGGGGAUCCUGCUUUUAACUACCAGGAGCACGAGCUGAACGAGCGGCUGAAGCGGCUCUAUCCGGCUGUUAACGAGGAAGAGACCCCUUUACCCCGAUCCUGGAGCCCCAAGGAUAAAUACAGCUACAUUGGGCUGUCACAGAACAACCUGCGGGUCCACUAUAAAGGACACGGUAAGAACCACAAGGACGCAGCAUCAGUGCGAGCCACACACCCAAUACCUGCUGCAUGUGGGAUCUACUACUUUGAAGUCAAGAUUGUCAGCAAAGGUCGAGAUGGGUACAUGGGUAUUGGACUGUCAGCACAGGGUGUCAACAUGAACAGACUGCCUGGCUGGGACAAGCACUCAUACGGUUACCAUGGAGACGACGGCCACUCCUUCUGCUCCUCCGGGACUGGCCAACCAUACGGCCCGACAUUCACCACAGGCGAUGUGAUUGGCUGCUGUGUUAACCUCAUAAACAACACUUGCUUUUACACCAAAAAUGGCAUCAGUUUAGGUGUGGCCUUCACUGACCUCCCUCCCAACCUGUAUCCCACCGUGGGUCUCCAGACACCGGGCGAGAUCGUAGACGCUAAUUUCGGCCAGCAGCCGUUUGUGUUUGACAUCGAGGACUACAUGAGCGAGUGGCGAGCCAAGAUCCACGGCAUGAUCGCCCGCUUCCCCAUAGGAGAGCGUCUGGGAGAGUGGCAGUCUGUCCUGCAGAAUAUGGUUUCCAGCUACCUGGUGCAUCAUGGGUACUGUGCCACCGCCACAGCUUUCGCCAGAGCCACAGAGACAACAAUACAAGAGGACCAGAUGUCUAUUAAGAACAGACAGAGAAUACAAAAGCUGGUGCUGGCAGGACGGGUGGGCGAAGCCAUAGAGGCUACACAGCAGCUUUAUCCCAGCCUGUUAGAGCACAACCCCAACCUACUAUUCAUGUUAAAGUGUCGUCAGUUUGUGGAGAUGGUGAACGGUACAGAUAGUGAGGUUCGCUGCUUGACCAUUCGCUCCCCAAAGUCACAGGACAGUUACCCCGGUUCCCCCAGCUUCAGCCCCCGUCACGGAGCCAGCAACACACACCUGCACACUGGAGGGGCCGACAGUCCCACCUGCAGUAACGGGGUGACUCCCACCAACAAGUCAAAGAGCCACGCCGGAAGCAGCAGCGUCAAAUACCCCAGCGCGUCGUCCUCCGCCUCCUCCUCCACUUCCUCCUCCCCUUCUUCAGUCAACUACUCUGAAUCCAACUCCUCUGACUCCACCAAGCCACACAGCAACAACAGCACCCAGGAAACCAGUGACAGUGAGAUGGAAAUAGAAGCAGAGCACUAUACCAACGGGGUUGUUGAGGGCUCCUCAGCGCGGAUUAUGAACGGCACGUACAAACACGAAGAGAUCCUCCAGCCGGACGACAACAGCAUUGGCAAUGGUGUCACAGAUGAGAGUUGUAUUAAUGGCAAACAGUUUUGCGGAGGGAACCAAGCGGCCACAGAGCGGAUGAUCCAGUUUGGACGGGAACUGCAGGCGCUCAGCGAACAGCUGUGCCGCGAAUACGGCAAGAACGCCACGCACAAGAAGAUGUUACAGGAUGCAUUCAGUCUGUUAGCGUACUCAGACCCGUGGAACUGCCCAGUUGGACAGCAGUUAGAUCCCACGCAGAGAGAAUCACUCUGCGCCGCACUCAACAGCGCCAUACUGGAGUCGCAAAAUCUGCCCAAGCAGCCUCCGCUGAUGUUAGCGCUGGGUCAGGCCACAGAGUGCGUUCAGCUCAUGGCCCGAGUCCGGUCCGGUUCUUGCUCUUUUGCCAGAGUAGACAACUUUUUGCACUAGCCCCAGUCCAGGUUAAUGUUAAGUAGCACUGAGAGAAGGCAUGUCCAGCAGGUAGUUGUCAUGGCGACGAAGGAAAGAGCAUGCGUGUGAUUGGUGAGUUUGGCUGUCCCGUCAGACCGAGUCAGCGGCACAUGCAGAGCAGCAGAGGCGAGCAAAGAAGAGACAGAGAGAGAGAGAGAGAGAGGAAGGGAGGGAGAGAAGAAAGCUUCCUUUUUAAUUUAGUAUUAUCAAACAAAGAAAUGUGUGACACUAUUUAAAGAUAUUGAAUUAUUAUUCUGUUUAUCUAGCCUUUUUUUUUUAUUGACUUCUUUUCUUGUCAGUUUGUUGUGCUCAUCCUGGACAAAACAAAUGUAACCCCCUCCCAACUCCCUUUUUUUAUUUUUCUUCCCUCUGUUUUAACGGGUGGAGUUGUGAUUCCCUACAACCAGUAUUUUACUCUUUACGCUGUUGUCGAUCACCCCAAUCACAGCUGGUAACUAUGGCGACCCUCACGACUGCAGGUCAAUUUCAACCUGAAAUAUAUAUCAUCUUUAAUAAGAUGUAGAAGAGGGACAUAUGUCCAAUUGGAGGUGCAUCUAUGUUUUGUUUUUUUAAGCGGGCGUGUAAACAAGUCGGCAGGCAUGAAAAACACCUCUGAUUGGCUGGAGCACACCGUUAGUGCUGGUCAUGGCUGCUGCAGCACAGUCGUAAACACUGACACUGAUGUAAAACUAAAGUGAGACCCAAUUAUUCCGGGAAAUAAAAGUUUGGUUUUAUCCCGUAUCAUAGUUACAUGAUGUUAUUAUGGAUAAAAUACUGAGAGGUAACAGGUGAGCAGCCAAAGAAGACAUCACCUGUGUGUUAAGUGUAAUUGAAGGAGGCUUUGUUGCCACCGACCAGGGAGAAAAGUCGAUGGCAAGGUAUUUCUGCUGUACCUACCAUGCCAUCGACCAAUCAGUGAUGUGACAGGAGUGGCACCCGCGACACCUGCCCUCAGAACUGAGCCUAACACUAUUAGCGCGGUCACCGUAUUGACGGCGUAAGAGGAAAUCCAUAUCAAAGGCAGACUAACGAGCACAGUGAGAAGUGCAGCCACCACCCUGUGGGUCUCUGUCUUUACAAAUUAAAUCCAGUAUCACCCACAGCCUGAUGCUGUGCUCCUGCAUGUUUGCUGCCACUGUGAGAACCGCCAGUCUUUCUUUAGUCUUGAUUAUGUUUGAAAACCAGUUCUGUUUAAUGCCCUCCCCUUUCCCCCCCCACUCACAAUCCGUAAAUCAUGAACUUAACCCAUUGUUUUGCCCAGUUCUUGUAUAGAAGGACACAGUCAAAUCUGACUUAUAUAAGUAGCCCAAAGUCACGAGAUUGUCUCAGAAUGUUUUUUCGCCCUGUACAAUAAUGUGGUGGGAAAAGAGCAUCUUUUUAUCGUUCAGGUCUGCUGCUGUGGCCACUAUGAGAUUUGAAAUGGAGGCGUCGCAUUGCUUCAAUACCGAGUCGGAUCAGUAACCAACGAAACAACCAAACCCACCCAAAUGACAUAUAACAGAUUAAAGGUCUAAUAUGCAAUACUUUCCCUGCCACUAAGGGUCACAUUUGAAUAUGAAUGUCCAAAACCAAAACAAACAUGCAAGAUAAUGGACAUGUUUGCAUGAUGUUACAUACAGGGUUCCCACAGGUCCUUGAAAUCCUUGAAAGGCUCUUACAAGUGUUUUCAGCUGUGUCAGCACAUUCUCUCCUUGAAUUAGAGGGAAUUGGUCAUGGAAAGUUCUUGAAUUUGAUGUCAACCAAGGUUUGGGAACCCUGUAAGUAUUAAUGAGGCCAGGAGGAGGGCUUAUGUUGGAUUUUUUGCGUAUUUUAGUGCUCUUGUUGCUAAAUGCUAAACCGAUAUUAAUCCUAUAGCAUUUUAGCCCAAAAAAUAAAACAAAUCCAGCAUAUUUGCCGUCAGCUUGAUGCUACGU